CGUCCGUAUUCUGCGGUGAGUUCAACGUGCUGUGUUCGAUACAAAGCCUCCUCGAUUUCCGGUUCCGGUAGUGUUUGUCUUGCCUUAUGGAUUUCAUCGUCGUUCACACAAUGCUGCACUGAGGGAUGACAAUGAUUAACAUAAGGAGUGAAGUGGUGGUUCCUGUAGUGAUUAUCUGUUGUACCUGCAUAGUUGGUGUGUCGUGUGCUUCAAGAGGCCAGGAUGUGGACAUGACAGAAAAAGACCUUCUACAGGCGAUCAAGAUCCCCUUCGAUGAUCCGACCACGGUGUUCUUUGACUACGGCCUGGAGGGGUUCCCGGCUAUGGGUCUUCGCCCUGGAUCAGACAUAAAGUCGCCCUACAGACUCUACCUUCCAGAGAGGUUCUACCCGGAGUUCUCGAUCACAGCAACGGCCAAGCUGUCCAACCGGGAGGGAGGGUUCCUGUUUGCAGUCGUCAACCCUUUGGAUACGGUGGUCGAGCUGGGGGUCCACCUAGGAGCAGCAGGGAUAGGCAUGUCAAACCUCAGUCUUCUGUACACGGAUGUCAACACUCACUACGCCUCCCAGACCAUCGCCUCCUUCCUGCUACCCUCCUCGUUCACCCGGUGGUCCAGGUUCGCCCUGAGAGUCACUGCUGAGGAGGUCACUGUCUACUACAACUGCGAGAGGUACGACAGCAUCCCCGUCAAACGAGAGCCCCAGGAGUUGGUGUUCGACAGCGCCUCCACCCUGUAUGUCGGUCAGGCGGGGCCGAUCAUCAAAGGAGCUUUGGACGGAUCCAUACAAGAACUGAAAAUCUACGGAUCACCAGGCCUGGCGGAGCUGCAGUGUGAAAACACAUUCAAGAUAGACCAAGAAGGAGGAGACGCGUAUGGCGAAGGAGAAGAAGAGAGUACGGGUAGAAUAGACUCAUACCCUCCUGUACUACCCCUACCAGAUAGCUCAGACUACAGUCCUGGAAGGAGUUUUAAAGGGGAGAAAGGAGAACGAGGACCACGGGGACCCCCAGGAGAAUCGAUACGAGGGCCCCCCGGCCCUCCAGGCCCACCAGGCCCCCCAUUUUCUGGGGGAGGUCGACUUUCCUACGGAACAGACUUCAGUGGCUCGGGAGAUGACGGGCAAUCGUAUGGAUCACAGAUAUUCGGUAUCGGAGAUGAUCUGACGGGUCCCCCUGGACCUCCUGGGAUAUGUUCCUGUAACCUGACAGAGAUGUUGAACACCUUCAGUCAUCCAGACAUCAUCCCAGGACCUCCGGGCAUCCCAGGGAUAGAUGGCAAGCAGGGUCCACCUGGGGUUCCGGGCAUCUCUGGAAGAACAGGAGAGAGGGGAGCUCCAGGUCCUGUUGGAGAGAAGGGAGACAGAGGAGACGUGGGGCCGAGAGGUCCUGAGGGACUACAGGGGCCUAAGGGAGACCCUGGAUUACCCGGAUUUCCUGGAACGCCCGGGACGCCAGGCCCACCGGGUCCACCAGGUCCUUCAGAGUUUUCCAAUCUGGAUCCUAGCUGGAAGCCGAGAUCUAUGUUCAAGGAAACUCUGAUGGGUGCUGGCUUCGAUUCGUCCGUUGGUCGACCUGGAACACCUGGACCAAAAGGGGAACCGGGAGUGGACGGGGCUCCAGGACUGAAGGGUGACAGGGGGUUCCCGGGGGAUAAGGGAGAAAGAGGAGAGGGAGGACAAAAGGGACAAAAAGGAGAGCGAGGACAUCAGGGACCUACAGGGGUACAGGGCUUCAAGGGAGAACCAGGCACUCCGGGUACAGAGGGGAGGCAAGGGAUGCCUGGCGAAAACGGUCGUCCUGCCAGCAAAGGAGAAAAAGGUGAUUCAGGCACCCCAGGACCCCCAGGUCCCCCCGGUCCGCCAGGAGUUGUUCCUGCAGGAUUUGAUCUGGAACUGACAGGAUCUGGCCUGGGAUCUGCUGCAGAAUUCGGUAUGAAAGGGGAGCCAGGACCAAAAGGAGAGAAGGGUGAGGCUGGUGAUAAGGGAGACAGAGGAGAGCUGGGCCCGAGUGGUCCAUCUGGAAUACCUGGAUCUGUUGGAUCUCCGGGUCCGGCAGGUGAGAAAGGUGAACCAGGAUCUCAAGGACUCACAGGUCCUCUUGGACCUGUGGGAUCCAAAGGGGAGAAAGGAGAGCGAGGACCUCCAGGUACAGCGAUGUCAGGAGAGGAGGGAGAGUUUAUCACAGUCAAGGGAGAAAAAGGGGAAAGAGGCAAAAGGGGAAGAAGAGGGAAACCAGGACCUCCAGGGCCGAUGGGUCCUUCGGGAAAACCAGGUCCUAUUGGGGAGAUGGGUAUUCCUGGGUUUACGGGGCUCCCUGGUAGACCAGGAUUGCCAGGAGAAAGAAUGAUAGGCCCUAAAGGAGAUAAAGGUGAACCUGGACAAGUAUUAGACGUGAUAAAAGGUGAGAAAGGAGACCCUGGCAUAGAUGGGAAGGCGGGACCCCCAGGCCCUCCUGGAAUGCCGGCCCCCGGGACAAACACGCAAUACCUCCCUCUACCAGGCCCACCCGGGCCCCCAGGACCCCCUGGACCUCCUGGGAUGCCGGGGAUUGGCACGAAGGGAGAGCCUGGACCCCCAGGUCCUCCUGCAGGCAGACAUGUGUACGGAGAAGCGGUCCAUCAUCCUAGACAAGGACACCGUGGAAGUUUAGACGAACUCAAGGCUCUUAACAAUCUCCACGGCGCGAGAGAAAAGUUUGAAAGUUCCUACAAAACGACGGAGGCAGGAAAGGACGAAACUGUAAGGAUAGUGCCUGGAGCAGUCACCUUCAAAACAUUACAGGACAUGGCCACGACCUCACUAAUGUCACCAGUGGGAACGCUAGCAUAUGUUAUAGAUGAAGAAACUCUCCUGGUGAGGGUGAAUAACGGCUGGCAGUAUCUUUUGCUAGGACAGCUGGUGCCUAUCAGUCAGGAGCCUGACGUUGCGCCUCCACCCUCCGUCCCCGUGGAACAUCCCAGACCUCCCCCUGAGGCGUCCAACCUCGUAUACCACAACCUGCCUAUGGACAGCCCUGACAUCAGUGUGCCCGAGCCUAGAGUGCUGCGUCUAGCUGCCCUCAACGAGCCCUGGUCCGGCGCCUUGGGCGGACAGCGAGGCGCAGACUACGCCUGUUACAGACAGGCGCGGAGGGCGGGGUUGGGCGGAACCUUCAGGGCGUUCCUGACGUCCAGGGUGCAGGACCUGGAGUCUAUAGUCCGUGCCUCCGACAGGGGCCUGCCAGUCGUCAACAUCAAGGGAGAUGUUCUUUUCGACUCGUGGAAGGAGAUUUUCUCAGGAGAUGGCGGAUACUUUUCCCAGCCUCCUAGAAUAUACGCCUUCAAUGGCAAAAAUAUUAUUACGGAUAUAAAUUGGCCCCAGAAGUACUUCUGGCACGGGUCGCGCCCCUCCGGCGAGAGAGUACCGGAGUCUUCCUGCGGUGUUUGGGAGACCGACGACCAAGGCAAGUCUGGACUAGCGACAUCGCUGCUAUCAGAGAGACUGCUAGGCCAGGAGUCGCUAUCGUGUAGUCACAGGUUCGCCGUGCUGUGUAUAGAGGUCGCAAGCAGCUCCAAGCGACGACGCCGUUCUAGUGCGGACGAAUAAGUAGACUCUGCCUAGUGCGGAACCUUUUGUACCGAUGCGUUUUGUACUUUUUUAUUUGUUAGGUAGGCGGAAUUUAAUUUAGAGCCAGUAUUAGUUUCGUAAUUAGAUUGUUUUUAAAAGAAAAUUUUAGAAUAAAUUUGAUAUAAAUUGAAGUUAUUUAUUCGCGGUUAUCUGACAAAGAUAACCCCAUAUGAAAAUAAUUUUGUUAUAGCAAGAAUACAUUGAAUUUAGUUUUAAACUAUAUUUUACCCAAUAUUACAAAACAUGGGCUUUGUUAAUAUUUUACAAUGGAAAUCGAAAGUGAACAAUUUUAUUUAUUAUCUAGCUACAUUUUAUCCUAUUAUUUCAUCAUUAUUUAAAAAGUUUAUACAACGGUUCACGACCUAAAACCAUUUCUAAACAAAGCCUAAUUAGUUGUGUAGGUUAACCUUAAUUUAUACCCUGUUAAGUUUCAUUUAUAAAUACAUUGUAUUAAACGUAAAAGACCACUAAUAACACCAAACUACACUGUGUCUAUAGCAGCUUUCAAAAACAUCACCAAUUAAUACGAUUUUAAGUAUUUAAUUUUAAGUUUAGGUUCACGUGUAAAUAUUAUUUAAGGGCAUAUUGUAUAUACAAUUGGUCUGUCUUGGACAUGUGUUAAAGAAGGGUUUAGUUUUAACAUGUUUAACACAUUUGACCACCGUUUUACUUUAAAGUAAAUCUCUGCUAAUUGAAAUAUGCAUUUAGAAACUGUAUGUCUCUUUAUGUAAUGUUUUAAUAUGUAUAAAGUGUAGAGUUGUUUUCGGUGAUUUUGAACUUUAAAAUGGUGCCAACUAGAUUUUGUUUAAGAGAUAAAAAUGUAUAAACCGUAUGUAUUUCAAUACCAUUAUCUGAAUUUUGACUUGAUUG